UGAUGAUGGGUGACACACACCUGACUCAACCCGGACAUGAUGCAGUCCUCCUCUAUGACCGAGAAGCGCGAGAAGAGCAUCCCAGCAGCUGACGGCUGUUUCCUCAUGUGGCGCGACUACAUGGAUCUCCGCAAGACUCUGUCGCAGCUGCUGGAGCAUCGCGACGAAGGACGAGCCUCAGCUGAGGGUAGGACACCCGCGGAGGGUUUCAUGAGAGCCGGCUCCACCAGCAGCGCCUCCAGCACCUUUGCCUCCUCCAGCCGCGACCUUCGCACCCCGCGAGACACCUGCGGAUUCUGCCGACAAAACGGAGAGACGGCGGUGGUUUACGCGAGUCACAGACUGAAAGCCCGAGACGGACGGAUCCUCUGCCCGAUCCUGAGGAGCUACGUGUGCCCGUUCUGCUCCGCCACUGGAGACUGGGCGCACACGCUGAGAAACACACCGAAGACCAGCAACAUGUGA